AUGAAUGUUAUAAACGAUGGCUCCAUUCUGUGUCAGCAAUAUUCUACACGCCGACGCCUGGAGCGGGGCUGUGAGGCACGUGCACAGACCAGUCAUACGUCAUCAUCGACUGCGCCUUCACCACUCGUCAACACCCCUCAGCCUCAAAGAUACCCAGUUUUUACAGCCACUUCUCCGAGACGUACGUAUUUGUAG